GGUAGAAGCUGAGAUAUAUUGUACAGGGAGAGCCAGAGUACCUCACAGACUCCAGCCUUUAGAAAGAGAGCAGACAAAACAUGAUGUCAAAAUGGCAGCUAGAUAUCUAUGGAGUGCAGGAAGCUUCGCUGUGGAUGACUGUAAGCAAAAAAUUCAAGUGUGCGGUCCACCUCCAUGUACUGGUGUGCCACGCAAAACACCCAUACCUUAUACAGCAUUAGACUUGUCAAGGGCCACAGAUGACUCUUAUGUAAAGUGCCCUUAUAUAAAUGUGAUAGAACAAACUAGUGAUCUCAGUGAGGGAGAAGUACCAGUAAAAAUGAUUAAACCGCAUCAGGUGACUAUACAUAUGGAAGGACUAAAUAAUAUCUCUCCUGCUGCUACUAAGGAGGCUCAUCUCCAAGAGAAGGGUCAGUUGCAGAAUAGUGAACAGUACCUGGAACGUUGCAUUGAGGGAAUAAGUGCAAACAGAAAACCAGAGCAGAUGCAGCCAACAUGUGCCACCAUAGAAAACAUCUGUAGAGAAAUAAGCCAUUGCUCAGAGAAUGUGGAAUUUAAUGGUCUACAAGAGACAUCUUCUGAAGACUUUGCUCUUUUUAUUAAAAAGCAUCUUCCUAACGAUUUCCAUUCUCCAACAUAUAAAGACACCUUGGACGAAUUGAGUGAUUUGUCUCCUUCAAAAGCAGAUUGCUCUCGGUCAUACCAAAGCAUUGAAUGCCACCCAAACAGGUUUCUACAGCAACAACAGGAGCGCAGUCCUUGCACAUCUCAAAAGCUUGCUGACUUCAGACAUCCAGAGAAACCAUUGAAUACCGAAGUCAGGCAUAAUCUGGCAGAAUAUCACACCAGUGUGCUUCCUAUUGGUGAUCAGUCAGAUGUAUGGAAUAUAAAAACCAGGCCCUUAUUAAUAGUGUCCUAUAUGAAGAAACAGAAUAGUGAAUUAGAGGAGGAGGCAAUGAACCUUAAGGAUGAACAAAGAAGUGCUGGAUAUUCAGCUAGCAAGAAGUUACAUAAGCCUGCUGUAUCGAUGCCAAUACCGUCCUGCGGUGAAGCCCAGGUGGAAAGAGAUAGUGACACAGUCAGCCUAGAAAGAGUAGCAGGAGACGGUAUUCGGAAAAAUAUGCAAAAUAACAUAAAGUCUGUGGGAGGACCUCUCGGACCAGUGCAGGGACCUCUUGGCGGCUUGGCUCCUUUACGUGCCAUGGGGGACUCUGUUGGAGGAAGUGGUGGAGUGCGGGGAUCUCUGAGCAGCAGUGCUGGAAGCUCUGGAGGAUUCGACAAUCUGUUGGGUGGAACUUCAGGAGUCUUCACUGCACAGCCACAAAAAACUGCGGCCUAUAUCAAGAGCUCCUCAAUAAAGCAGCCAGAGGAGAGGGUGAGCCUCACCUUGCCAGGUCUAGAUGAAGAAGACGAAGACGUGGAGCAGGAGAGUGAAGACCAGAGUCCUCGAGUAUCUGCCCGUCUGCUUAAGAACUUGCACAUGGACAUUGGAUCUCUGGGAGGUGGCUUUGAAUAUGAGGAGAGUGAACGGAGAGAUGAAUCCAUUGCAGCCAGCGGCACAGACGAGGGCUCUGAACCAGAGUUACAGGACCUUGGAAAAUCUGAGAAUGAAGAGGAGAGCCAAAAAGAGAAGGAAUUGAAAGGAAGUCCAAGUGUACAUCCAUCUUUCCAUUCCACUGGUCAGUCAUCACCAGGAGGUCAAGACACCAGUUUGGCUAAAGCACAGACUGAACAGCCUGGCGAGCCAGAUAUACAUGUGGUGCAGAGUGUGUCUCCAGCUGAAAAGCCUGCACUGAAGGAGGGCUCUGCACCAAGCUCCUUACACAGUGAUCCUAAGGAAGAAACCUCUGAUGCCUCCAUAGCUGGAGAGCCAGGUUCCAGUACUGGGGAUCAUAUCCUGGAACACGAUGCCCAGGAUGAAUCUGAUCCUAGUGAAGGUGUCAAGGACCUUCCCAAGUCAAGCAGCAAUGGACUGGGAACCAUGGACUUUGGACUCGGUGGUCGAUCACUGGAGAAAGUUCUUGACAUCAGUGCAUUAUCUCCUCGACCCUUAAGCCCAAAGGACACAAUAGACGAAGAAGUGGAUGAAGAUGUUGAAGAAGACAUAAGUGAAGAAGACCACCUUGAGCCAGUAAAAGAUCUAAUGGAGAUUACAAAACAAAAAAUUCCAGAAACCCUGGAACGAACAGUUACGAAAGAUCAGUCCAGAAUUUUACCAGAAUCCUUCAAACAGAGCAGCCAGUCCUUGCCAAAUGCAGCUAAAGAGUCCAAACUGCAAGCAGAACCUAUAAAACUCCCAACCGAGUCUGUAAAAGAUCUAAAAGAGUCUUCUAAACAUUCUAGUGAUACUUCAGAAUUAAUAGUGGAGCAGGAGAAGAUGACAAUAGAGGAAGAAGAACAUGGGAGCAAACUGCAGGAGUUGAGAGACAAGCUGAGGAAAGAAGAAGAGGAGGAGAGACGUCGACUGCAUCAACAACAGGAGAGCAACCUUAGAGCCUUAGAAGAAAGGUUUGAACAGGAGCUAAAGAUGGAAGAAGACAAACUACGGGAGAUCCAGAAGCAGAGAUUGCUAAAACUGGAAAAUGACCUCAACCUGGAGAGGGAGGAAGAAGAAGAACAUAUGAAAAUCCGGGAAGAGGAGUUCAGAGAAAAAUGGAAGCAGUCAUUACAGCAAAUGGAGGAGGCCCGGGAGGAGAAACUAUUACAAGAUAAAAAGGAUCUACUGGAAAAAAUGAAAAAAGAAACAGAAAAUGUACUUUGUAAAAGAGAUGCUGCCCUGGAAGAGAUGAGGGCGAAACAUGGGCAAGAAACAAAGGAGGUUCUCGAAUCUUUGGAGAAAAAGCAUUUGGCGAAUCUGGAGCAGCUAAAAGCAGAAGUUCUGGAGAAACAUCACAAGGAAGUUUCUGACUUGCAGAAAAAAGAGGAUUCUGCAACACCGGGUGAAUUGUAUCUUGCUAACAAGAAAAUGACCCAAGUGUUGGACUUUGAAACACAGAUGAAGGACCUCUUGCAAGAAAAGCGCGAGGCCUUGCAGAGAGACCAUGAACGAAAAUUGGAGCAUAUGAAAGAGGAACAUGAACAUGCAUUGGAGAAGAUGUGGAAUCAGCUGGAGAAGGAGGAGCAGACCCAAAGGUCCCAAAUGCUGGAAAAAUUAAAAGAAGAGUUGAGCAAGAUAAUGCAACUGAAUGAACAGGAGCUUGAAAUCCAGCGCCAAGAGCAGGAGAGGCGUCUGGAAGAAAGGCAGCGCAGCUACCAGGAACAGGAGAACAAGUUACAGGAUUUAGAGCAAAACCUGGAGAUCAGAAGAAAACAGAUAUUAAUACAGACGGGUCAUUUAGACAGCCAGGAAGAAGCUUUGGCACAAAAAAGAGAGGAACUUGAAGUUCAAGAAAAGAAGCUAGAGAAAAAAGCUAAAAGUCUUAAGGAUCGGGAAACCGGAGUAAAGGAGCAGAGACAACUUAGUGAAUUAUUGCAACUAAAACAAAAGGAACUUGAGGAAGUACAAGACCGGAAGUCAGAGGUGGAAGCUCAAAUAGAGGUUCUCCAAAGCCGGUACAGCAAUCUUCAGAAAAUGGCAAAUGGCUUGGAGGAAAAAGUAAAGUGGAAACGCGAGGACCUAAAGGAGUUGAAAAAAGAGGGAACAGUUAAUCCAGCGGAGACAGAACUUCGCCUAGAAGAUCUGACAAAAUCAAACAGCCCUGUCCAUGCCAUUUCCUCUCCUUAUCAUACAGAGCUUCCAAAAGCAUUUUCAACUCCUGUACAUGUUGCUGGACUGGACUCCAGUAUUGACGACAUGCGUUCUUACAUUUCAUCACAAGGAGCUUCAAUUCAAAGGGCCAAGGAUUUUUUACGACUUCAGACCCGCUCUAUGUGCCGACGACAGACUUUGCUCAAAGCAGCCAAACAACAGUGGCGUCACAAUAUGCACGAAUCUCAGGAUUCAGAGGAGUCCCAAAAACUAGAGGGCAUAAGAAAGAACCUAGAAGAGGAAUCUCGCAACCUGAAAGACAUUCGCUGCACAAUGGAGAAGGGACAUGUGUUACUGCAGGAGAAGGAGCAGCGUCUGCAGGAGCUGGAGGACUCACUCCAGGAGGAGGUGUCACAAGAUGAUACUCUGAAAGGCAAAAGGAACAAAAAAUUUGUAACAUUUGAUGUCAGUGACUCAGAUGACACCAGUAGUGGGACCAGUAUGGACAUACAUGGAGCAGGUGAUGUUUUGGGGUUGCAGACCAGCCUUCCUGUAAAGGUCCAGCAUCUAACACAGUCCCUGCGUCACAUCACAGCUGAGCUGAAUAGUGUUCUAUCAUCGCUAACCUCUGACCCUCAGUCCCUGCUCUGUACACCCAACCAGCCUCCAUCCAUGAUGGGUGUCCCUGUUUCUGCUUAUGCGUCAUUGUCCAGAAUGAGUCCUCAGAUUGGCAGCCAUUCACUAUCUCACUGGGCCUGGAGAACCGGUGUCCACUCAAAUGCUGCUUCAGCCUCUGCUGCCCAGUCUGUGGAUGCCAUGAUGGCAGAGAAGUGGAGGAAGUAUUUCCCUGGAGGGAUGCCUUUACUGAGUGAGCAGUCUGUACACACAGAGAAUAAACUGGGAUAUGUUUCUGCAGAGGAACAGCUGAAAAACAUGCAGAGUGCAACUUUGCGUUCCCAGUUCACAGAUAAGCAGACCUUGCAGGCCAUGAUUGAGACCAACAAGAAAUGGCUGGAAAAUUACAAGAGUGACCCCAGGGUUCUACUUCCUUCACGUAUGAGCAGAUCUCCAACAGGAAAAGGACUUUUGCAGCUGGGUUUAGAUGAAAAUGACAAAAUCAAAGUCUAUCAUUACUAGCAGUCAGGCCGUGGAGCUCAGGAGCCAGAUGGACAGAUUUUGCAUUACAUAGAAAUGAAGUGGUUUGAUAUAUAUUUCACUGUAGGUAAUGCUGUAAUUUACAGAAGUAGGAACAUGUUCUCAGCAAAGAUUGAGAACCAGGAACUUAUUCAUAAUACUGCAGGUCACAGAUAUUGAAGUCAAGCGUCACCAUAUACUGGGAAAUUGCUAUUCAUGUGAUAUACUAACUUAUUUGAACAAAAAAACGGGUACGAAGGUGAAGAUAUGUGAACUGUCCAAAGAAUUCUGCAUGCUUAAUGGAAGCGGAAAAAUAAUUAUUUUCAGUAGGAUUGUUCUAGACGAGGAGUCUAGAGAAAUGUCUGUCUGCCGCAUGAUAACUUUCAUAUCUCCGUCUAUAUCUCUGGUUCGGCGAACAUCAAUAUAUAUAUAUAUAUAUAUAUAUAUAUAUAUAUAUAUAUAUGAAUGUUAUUAGUAGCAAAACUUCUGUAUGUUACACACAUUAGGUUUAGUGUUACUUUAAGCAGUGGUCUCCAAACAGUGGCCCCCCAGUUUUUUUAGGCUGGUUUCACAAGGGGUGGAUUAUGGACACAUGUUUGUAUUCGUAUGAUGGCAGCAAGUCCCAACCUGGCCAUCGGGCUUCUGACCGAACUGACAUCAGACCCACAAUUAGGCCGGAAUGUGCUACUGUAAUACAGACUCAAAAAUGUGUCUAUAUUACACCUGUGGGAAACCAGCCUAAACCUGAAUCUCAGCCUUUUAUAAUGUUGGUGGCUUCAAAACAAUUUGCCAGUUUUUUCCUAAUAUAUUUGAGUCAAGACUCUGUAGACAGCUCCAGAUCUCUUGCAUAUACUCCUGUUUUACAUCUCUGUUUAUGCAGGAAAUUCGAGGAUCUAUAUCAGAAAAAAACGAGGCACCAUCCAUUAUAAAGAUACAAUAGAGAUUAAUCAGAAGAGAUUGUUAAUCGAUCUAGGUAAAAAAGAAAAUGUUGUUAGAAGGUGAUAUAAAGGGGUAUUCUCAUUAACAAAAGUUUGUAUUAUCCACAGCAUGGCACAACUAACAGACUGGUGAGUGCCCAACCGCUGGGACAUCGUUCAAGAAGCAUAAGACAAAUGUCCUUCAUUUGUUCUCUAUGAGAUUGUGGGGGUCCCUCCUCAAGCUGCUAGUUAUCCCCUAUACUGUGAAUAAUGUGAAUACCACUUUAAGGCUGAUUUAAAGGGGUACUCCCACCCUAGACA